UCUAUUAUCUAAAAUUAGACUCCUCUCCUCUCCAAGCCAAUUUAGCUUCCAUUGCACCACCUCCCUCCCUCCCUCCAUCCAUCUCUCUUACCACGUACCAACAAUGGCCACCAUGGCUCCAAGGCUGCUCAUCGUCGUCGUCUCCGUCCUCUUCACCGCCGGCAUAAUCGCCUCCGCCGCCGCCGCGCGCGACCUCACCGCCGACCCGGCCGGCCAGGCCCCGCCGGCCUACGACUUCGGCAUCCCGGCAGGCUUCUUCGUCCCCGGCACCAACAACCCGUACAACGGCGAUCCUGCAGCGUGGGCAGCUGGGUACGGCAGCGCCGCCGCCGGCGACGUCGGCGGGUUCGGGAAUGGUGGGGCGGAGGCGCCGUCGAUGGUUUGCUCCGACAAGGGGCCAUGCAACGGCAAGAAGCUGACCUGCCCGAAGAAGUGCUUCGUCUCCUUCAGCCGCUCCGGCAAUGGCUACGCCGCCGGCGGUGGCGGCGGCGGCUGCUCCUUCGACUGCUCGACCAAGUGCGAAGCUACCUGCUGAUCAUUUUACUACUUCAUUUCCUCACCCAUCGAAUCCAAGGCCUCCUCUUGCAUCAGCUCAAUACUUCAUCUAUACACAUCAUCAUCAGCUGAUGAUACCGCUCCAGAUAUCUAUCUAUCUAUCUAUCUAAUCUACAGGUUUGGUGCUUGCUUGCUAAUGUCUACUACGUACCCAUCUUAAUCUGCUUAAUUAAUUGGUGCAAAAUAUAUUUCUACCUAUAUAUGUUCUUAACUAAUCCUGCAUAUAUAUUCUGGAAAACGGACAUGCACAUCUGUUUUUUUUUACUUGUUCGAAUGCUGCAUGUACGUGUUUUCAUUACCUCUACUGCAGAGACUACUACUUGUGUGUGUAACCGUACCUAUAAACUUGUACUCCAUCACGUAAUGAUGAAUGAAUAAAGGAGCGUGUCAUAUUUGUAACCCGUGUUGUAUCUGCGACUUGUGUUGUAAAUUGUUAUGAUGGAGGAGAAUAUAAUACCGCAUGUUUGCCUAA